GAAAGCAAAGAUAAGAAUAGAAAAGCAAAGCUAAGCAAACAAACUAAUAAUAUGUAUUGUAUAUUGUAUGUGCACAUGCCUUCUACAGAGUAGUGUUGUGCCAUUGUAUCCUUACGGACGCCUAGUGGGGCAACAACGCACGCGGCCUUAACGUUAACAACGGCCUUGUGGUCGGCUCCCUGUGCUUACGUCGCUGUUUGUACGCUCGUGCCGCGCUUAUACUCACCACACGGCAGCACAUCUUCCCGCAGCCGCUACAUUGCCUCUUUGGGAUUUUCUUCGCGUCAACAACUCGUACGAUUGGGCACAAUCACACUAACAUUACAAAAUUACAUGCAUACAUAUCUACAUAUAUGUUAUGUCUAGAUGAAGUGUUUUUGUUUUGCGGUGCGUACGCGUGUGUGUAUGUGUGUGUGUGUGUGUGCCAUUCGAAUUGGUAACGGUGAUUCAGCUGUGAAGCGUGACAAGGAAUAUGAUUAAAAUUACACGUAAGCGGUUAAAGGCUACAAAAACGAUCGUAACGAGUUGAGUUCGAGUGAGUUGAAUUGCAACGUAUAUGUACACGUAUGUAUGUAUGCAUGUGCACAUACAAACCGCAAGCGAUAGUUGUGGUAGCGCACACCACGCACAAAUAAACUGAAGCGAGUCAACCUAUUUCGGCGCGCACCUUAAGAAUCUUCGCAUUUCGCUGCGGUUACCUUUCGCAAACGCAAACAAAAACAGACAAAAUCCUCAUGCUUCGAUGUGCUCACCCACAGUUCACAUCAUUAAUUGUGUAUGAUGUCCACUCGUAUAACGAAAUCCGCAAAUCAACUGAAUAAAAAGUGCUUCACAUAUUUACCACAACGUAUCAGUGCUUCCCUCCGCAACGCUGUCUUCAAAUGUAAUACUUCCACUGGAAAUGCAACUCUUUUAACGUUGAAUCUAUAAAACUACUCCUGCCAAACUUACGAGAUAAAUUGCAAUGCAUGCUAAUGUUACAUCGGAUCGUGGUGGUGGCGGCGGAUCAUGGCGUUUGCCACCUGAUGAAACUCUACAAGUACAAGAUCCAAAACAAAAAAACGAUGACUUAGACUUGGAUGAAGGACAUAAUUGGCGCAGUAUAAUAUUCUCAUUGUUAGUUAUUAGUUUUGUGAUAGCCGGAAUUAUAACUGCAAUUUAUCUAUUAGGUUAUGUCGAUGAAUUAUUGUAUUGGUCGGGACGUCGCAUGAUACUCGACGAAUAUUUACAGGGCGAUUUGACACCAACACGCCUACAGCCCGCAUGGGUUACAACGCGAAAGUAUGUCUUCCAAUCGGAUGACGGCGGUUUGGCCAUAUUGGAUACGACCAGCAAUUCGGUUAGCACGCUCGUUACAAAUCACACGUUACGACAGUUGAAUGUGCGUGGCUAUCAGUGCUCACACGAUCUGCGAUAUGUUCUCUUUAGGCAUAAUGUUAAGAAGAUUUUUCAAAAAUCCUUUACCGCAUUUUAUACAAUAUACGACGUCGAAAACGAUCACCAUAUGCCUGUGAAACUAAAGGAUUCGCCCAAAGUUCAGCGUACGCGUCUACAAUAUGCCGCGUGGCUUGGCAACACAACAACCCUGGUUAUUGUUGCUGACAACGAUAUUUAUUUACGACAAUCACCCACUGACGAGGAAGAUCUACGAAUUACGAAUACAGGGUACCAAAAUUUUAUUUAUAACGGUGUACCGGAUUGGCUCUAUCAAGAGGAGAUUUUCGAAAAACCCGAAGCGAUAUGGGCCUCACAAGGCGGUACACAUUUCAUAUAUGCCUCAUUUAAUGACAGCAAAGUGGGCGUUAUGACAUAUCCAUGGCUGGCAUCGGGUGGUAUUAUUGCCGGUAGCGGCAUGACAUCGGAAAGCUCAUUUCCGGAAACGAGAAAUGUACGUUAUCCCACGCCUGGCACCAUGAAUCCCGAAGUCACACUCUGGGUGGUGGAUAUAAGUAAUUUGACGGACAUACAAUAUUUCAUGUUGAAGCCGCCCCCCGCACUGGACGGACAAGAUUUUUAUAUAACAUCAGCUGGCUGGAUUUCAGAUCUAAAUUACCAAGUCUCCGUUGUUUAUAUGACACGUUCUCAGAAUUACAGCAUAAUCGCUACUUGCCUGGCGGAGACCAACUGGACAUGCGCUGAGUUACAUUCGGAGCGCGCACCCGAGGACGAAUGGCUCGAUAUACUUCCACAUCCUGUUUUCGCACCGGAUGGUAAUAGUUUUUUAAUAUUGGCGAGUGUACAAGAAUUCGGUAAUGAACAUUUCACGCACAUCAAGCAUGUCACCAUGACCCAACAACGUAUUGCCGUCAUAUCACAUGGACGUUACGAGGUGCUAAAAAUCCUUUGUUGGGAUACUGUUAAUCACUUAGUUUAUUAUCUUGGCACGCAGGAUAAAAAGCCCGGACAGAGGCAUUUGUACAUGGUGAAAGAUCCAGUCAAUGAUGAGAGUAGAAAAACUGAACCACAGUGCAUUACUUGCGAUCUAGGCGAAGCGCUUUGGAGCAGUCGUUACUAUUAUGUGAAUUGUUCUCAUUUCGAUGCCUUCAUGACACCAGUGUCUUCCAUAGCAACUCAAUAUGGUAUUGAAUUUUACAUAUUAGAAUGUCAAGGCCCCGGCCUGCCAGUGUCGGGUGUGCAUAUGCAGAAGUCGCAUAGCUUGGUUAAAAUACUCUACGACACCCGUCCGUUCUUUACGGAGCGUCUGCAAAAGUUAGCGCUACCCACACAACGUUCAUUCGAAAUACCAUUGCCACAUGGGAGUCGGGCACAAGUGCAAUUACUUCUACCGCCAAGUUGGCGUGAAGAGCUUAGGGAUGCCGCCUUUCCAGUUGUGGUCGAAGUUAAUGGACGCCCGGGUUCCGAGUCGGUUUCGGAAAAAUUUCGAAUAGACUGGGGCACGUAUAUGUCAUCGCGCAAUGACGUCAUAUAUAUACGUUUAGAUGUUCGUGGCGCGAAGGGUCAAAGUAAAAAGCAACUGUAUCGACAUCUCGGCGGUGUCGAGGUGCAGGAUCAGAUUUCUGUUUUAAGAUAUCUUUUAGAUACAAUUAGUUUUUUAGAUGAAACUCGCGUAGGCAUCUGGGGCUGGGGCUAUGGUGGCUACGUCACGUCAAUGGUGCUCGGUACACAACAGGAGGUGUACAAAUGCGGCAUAGCCAUAUCGCCCAUAGCCGAUUGGCUGUAUUAUAAUUCUGCUUUCACAGAACGCAUAUUGGGAUUGCCGGCGGAAAACUAUAAAGGCUACGUAGAAGCCGACGCAACGCAACGAGCGCGACUCAUCAAAUCACAUUCAUUCUUCCUAAUACACGGCCUAGCCGAUUCAACUGCACCCUACGUACACGGCAUACAAUUGGCAAAGGCGCUGACAGAUGCCAACAUAUUAUACAGAUAUCAGACUUACGCGGACGAAGGUCACGAACUUAACGGUGUGCUCGAACAUGUUUAUCUCUCGAUGGAACAUUACUUUGCCGAUUGCUUAAGUCUCGAUCCGGACGAUACGAAGCCCGAUAUGGAUCAGAAAAUAGUGCCAGCUGAGUAGAUAGCUGCCGUACGCUUGCAAAAGUGCAAUAAAAUAGUGCAACAAAGGAUGCACAACAACAUACGAGUACAUAUAGUAAUUAAGCGCGAUAUAGUGAUGCAAGAAAUAGUUAAUAAUAAGUAUACAUUUAAAUUAAAUUAAAUUAAAUUAAAUUAAAAUUAAGCACAAGUGCAUUAAGAAUGUGUUUAGCAGUGAUUGAAAAUGAAUGUAAAAUAGCAAAGAAGACAACAAACAUAACAUAUACAUUAGG